AUGCUGCACUUUGGCAAGAAGAACGCGACAAAAAGCAAGCGAGGGGUAGAGUGGGAGGGGCGCACCAAUUGGAACCAACUGGCCACGGGCGGCGAGGCACCGCCGGCUCGCUAUGGCCACUCCCUCGUCACCAUCCAAGCGCCCGCUUCUAAGGGCUCCGGCACGGCGGCGUCGUCGUCGGUGAUACUCUUCGGCGGGUCCAACCAAGUCGAGUUCUCCAACGAGGUCUUUGCGCUCUCGUGGCGCGACAAGCGCUGGCGCGUGCUGCAGGAGGGCGGCCCUGACGAGGACGCGCCGCCCGCACAGCAAGGCGGCGCCGCGGCGACGAUGCCCAUCAAGCGCCACUUCCACACGGCCGUCGUGUGGCCCAACCCGGCGGCCGCUUCCUCGUCAAACGGCGAACCGAACGACACCUACAAGAAGGAGAAGAAGGAAAAGAAGGACAAGAAGGAGAAGAAGGAGAAGAAGGGGAAGCAGAAGUGCGAAGAAGAGGCUGAAACCAGCAGCAAGGAGGAGGAAUCGGAGGAGGGAGGAGAGGAGCCCUCGCCGGCCGGCAAGAUGUUCGUCUUCGGCGGCAAGAGCAACGGCUACCUCAACGACCUCUGGCAGUUCGAUCCCGAGGCGAAUACGUGGGAGGAGGUGAAGCCGGCGGAUCAAGCCAACCGGCCGCCGGUGAAGCGCUACGGCCACAGCGCGGUGGUGCGCGAUGACGAGAUGUGGGUGUUCGGCGGAUUCGACAGCGAUUCGUGGACCUGCUCCGAUCUGUGGUCCUUCCACUUUCUGAACAAGGAGUGGAGGCGAUCCGAGUUCAAGAAGAACAAGCCGGCACCCGCACCGCGGUUCCAACACUCAGCGGUGUACAGCAGGGCACGCGACCGCAUGUUCGUGUUCGGAGGCCAGGGCGACAAGAACGCCGUCAUGGCCGAUCUGUGGAGCUUUGACUUCAAAAAAUGCAAGUGGGAGCAGCUGGGCUGCACCCCGCAAGCGCCCGGCGACGCAGCGAAACAGAAGGACAGCAGCAGCAAGCCGCUGGAUGCGUCGCAGGGACCAAGACCAGAGGCGCGGUACGGCCAUGUGGCACUGUGCGACGCGCAAGGCGAGAACAUGGUCGUCAUGGGCGGCUUCAACAAGCAAGAGGCCUUUGCCGACAUCUGGCAGUUCCACUUCGCGACCGGAAAAUGGAAGAAGUGGGAGGUGCGCGGAACUGCACCGCGCGGCAUGGUGUUCCAUGCGGCGACGUGGAUUGACGAGCUGACUCUGUUCACGUUUGGCGGGCGCGAUGGCCAAUCCCAGUUUUUCGACGAUGCCAAAUACCUGGUGUUGCCCCAGCCGGAGGCGAUGAACGACAAGAAGAAGGGAGGCAAGAGAAACAAGAAGUCCCAACGUGGACCAGAUCUGGAGGCGCUGGUGCCAGAUGAAGUGCUGCUCCUCAUCUUCUCCUACCUCCGCAACGAUGUCACUUCCCUGUGCCAGGCUGCUUGCACGUGUCGAAGGUGGAACAUGAUGAUCACGCUGGAGAACGCCCUCUGGGUGGAUGCCGUUCAGGCUAUUCCCCAGUUGGCCUGGAGAAAUUUGCACCAGUUCCGCGAUGUGCCUGGAGGCAUGCGUGGACUCAAGGGAGGCCCCAUGCGGAACAUCAAACUCGUGGUUGUGGGCGAUGGAGCCGUGGGCAAGACAAGUACCAUGAUCUCUUAUACCACGAACAGCUUCCCGCACGAGUACAUUCCGACAGUGUUUGAUAACUAUACAGCCAAUUUGGUGGUACACGGGGUACCCAUCAACCUUGGUCUCUGGGACACUGCUGGACCCGAGGAUUACGACCGGCUGCGGCCUCUCAGCUACCCACAAACGGAUGUGUUCCUUGUGUGCUCGUUUGAAAAUGUCAGAUCUAAGUGGGUGCCCGAGAUUGCACACCAUUGUCCUGGCACGCCGUUCAUUCUUGCCGGCACCAAGCUCGACCUGCUGUCGGGCGAGAGUGAAAGCAGCGUGAGCACCCUCAAGGUGCUUGCUGACAAGAAGAUGCCUCCUGUCUCCUUUGAAGAGGGUACCAAGAUGGCGCAGGAGCUGGGCGCCACUGGGUUCAUCUCGUACUCAUCGCUCACGCAAACCAACCUCAAGCUCCUUUUCGAUGAGUGCAUCAAGGCUGCACUCCGUGAACAAGCCCAAGGCGAGUGCAAGCAAAGGCUGCAGUCAGUCCUCGACAAGCAACUGUCGUUCAUUAUUGAGAACAUUCACCAGAUCCUCCACACCAUUGAACAGACCCGAACUGACAAGGAGAUGAUCAACCAAUUCAAGCUGGGCGUGGAUACGCUCCGCGUCCUCCGUCUGUCUGGGCUGCUGCUGCUGUCGGACGGGAGUGGCGGCCGCAGCGGCGACAGGGAUGGCAGCGGUGGGGAGAGGAAGCGCUGUGGCGACGAGCUGGGCAAGCUCCUCCUCAAGCUCAGCCUUAUGUUCGGGGAGGACAAAGAUAGCGGGGAGGAGGAGGAACACGAGGACCCCAGCACAGAUUACGACCGGCUGCGGCCUCUCAGCUACCCACAAACGGACGUGUUCCUUGUGUGCUUCAGUCUCACCCAUAGGGGCUCGUUUGAAAAUGUCAGAUCUAAGUGGGUGCCCGAGAUUGCACACCAUUGUCCUGGCACGCCGUUCAUUCUUGCCGGCACCAAGCUCGACCUGCUGUCGGGCGAGAGUGAAAGCAGCGUGAGCACCCUCAAGGUGCUUGCUGACAAGAAGAUGCCUCCUGUCUCCUUUGAAGAGGGUACCAAGAUGGCGCAGGAGCUGGGCGCCACUGGGUUCAUCUCGUACUCAUCGCUCACGCAAACCAACCUCAAGCUCCUUUUCGAUGAGUGCAUCAAGGCUGCACUCCGUGCGCCUGUGGCCGGCAUGCCCUCGGUGCAGCACCUGCCCGACCUGGCCAAGGUGAAGAAGGCCGAGCAAGAAGACGAGAACGACCCCCUGCCCAAUCUCGAUUCGCUCCAGUUUGCCGGCUGA